AUGAAGAACCUACUCUGGAUUUAUGCAGUCUGCCCAUUGAACGAGGAUCAACGGGUGGGGUGGAUCACUGUGUCCUGGCACGUUGCACUACUGUAUGGGAAAGGCUCCGCACGUGCGAAAGUUCUUCGCCAGUGGACCUAUGCCUUCAUCCGCGACCGGCAUGAUCUUCCAUUCGAGACACAAGGUGUUUGUUCAAAGGUCUCUCUUCUCGAGUUGAACACCCUGUUGAAGAGUGCGGUCAUGGAGAAGCUCCUCGGAGUGGGGAUGAAUGUGUGGGCUCUCGAUCUGGUCGAGUAUCUGUCAGAUCCAGCAGUCAAGGAUGAAUUCGGCAUCAAGAUCAAGGUGUCACUGGCAAGUGCUCACGUUUGGAUGUCAGAGCUCAGGUUCCAGUGGAAGAAGGCACCGUCAGAUCAAUUUGUGGAUGGGCACAAAAGAGAGGAUGUUGUGGAGUACCGUCAAAACGUCUUCCUGCAGCAGCUGAAGGAAGUCGACCAUAUGAUCCCCCAAUUCAACUCCACCGACAGCUGCUACCUCCCAUUCUUUGGUCCAUGCAUUGUUGGCCCCCAGCUGCAACCAUUGGUUGUCCUCUUCCAUGACAAAUCCACGUUUUAUGCUCACAACAGGAGGGAAGUGAGGUGGCAGGAGUGCGGGAAGACACCUAGGCCACAGAAGAAAGAGGAGGCCCAUGUUCUCCUUCGGGCGGGAAAGAACCGAGAUGGAUAUUUCACUUCAGAUUGCUUUCUGACAAAGCCAGAGAAACCUCUGUGGGGAGUCAAGACAAAUGUGAUCGGCCCAAACGGGAAGCCCCUUUACAACCAGAAUGGCAAGCUGCAGAAGCAGAAGAUCAGAAUGUUGAACACGAUGUUCCCUGAUGGAACAGCACAGGAGCUUUACUUCUCAGAUGACCACCCCAACCCUAACUUUUGCGGCCGCUUCAAGGGCAUGGUUGAGCUGCUUGAAGAGUGGGGCUUCACAGAUGUGCACAGUUUGCGCAGUGAGUGCCCCACUUUUAAGUGCCCUCCAAACAUGGCAGACCAAUGCCGCUGCCGGCGUCUCUUGUAUAACAAGCUGGACUUCGAGAACACCGAGAGCAUCGCUGAGUUGCUCUGCCAAUCAUGUGGGUUUGGGCUAGUGUUUCUUCCAAAGUUUUACUGUGAGAUCAACCCCAUCGAGCAGUGCUGGUGCGCAGGGAAACAAACCUACCGUGACUUCCCACCAUCCUCAUCCAAGGCUGACUUAGAGCAGAACUUGCUUGCUUCUCUAGAGCAGGUGGACAUACUUAAGAUACGUAGAUACACUAAUUGUGCCUUCCGUUUUAUGGAAGCUUAUUGUAGCGGACUCACCGGGACCGGAGCAACAUGGGCUGCAAAGAAAUACUCAGGUCAUCAUACAUUACCUCAUGAUAUUCUGCAACAGUUCAACAUACAUACAUUACAGAAAGCUUCCUAG